GAUUAGCCAGAGUGUAAGCAGUACACUAGCUUAAACACAUGCUGAGUCACUCUGCUAAGAAUCUGGAAUGAGAGAAGAUUGCCAUGGCUCACAGACUUUUUGAGGAGAAACACCAUGCUUCAAUUUACCAGAAGUAUCGCAUAAUUCCACCUGAUACGGUUUUGCAGCUUAUUCUGGAGUACCUGAACAAAAAGAAAGGACCUCCUCAUGAACUUGCUGUGGACCUGGGCUGCGGGACGGGACAGAACACUCGUCUACUGGCCCCUCACUUCCAGAAAGUGGUGGGCAUUGAUGUCAGUGAAUGCCAGUUGGAGCAAGCCAGGGCAGUGCCAGGUUUUGCUAAUGUCACCUACAGGUCCGGUCCAGCUGAGGAUCUGCCCUUUCCCGAUGGCUCUGUGGAUUUACUGACUGCAGCAUCUGCAGCUCACUGGUUUGAUGCUGAGCGUUUCCUGAAGGAGGCAGCACGUGUGUUGAAGCCUCAUGGUUGUAUUGCUCUUCUGGGCUACUCUGAUGAGUUCAGUCUGUAUUAUGGCUCCUGUGGUGACAAACUGACCAACAUCUAUUCAGAGGUGACCAAGGUUAUCAAACCUUAUGCUAGUCCUCCGGUGGCAAUAGCCAACAGUAGACUUCAGGAUUUGUUUGAGGCUAUACCGUUCCCUGACAAAGAGAGGGUUACAAAUAUUUCACUGAAGAUGGAGAUGACGGUUGCGGGUCUAGUCGGCUUUGUGGAGUCUUUCUCUUUUUGUCAGGCCUACUUAAAGGAAGAUCCCCAAGCUGCAACUGCUCUUUUAGAGUCAAUGAUGAGACGUCUUCAAGAUGAAAUGGGCGUCUCAUCACCUGACACUCAUCUUGAGUUCAAAACAGACUUCUACUGUGUGCUGGCAUGUAAACCGCAAUGAAGAGAACCGUGCUGAUAUACAGUGGGUACGGAAAGUAUUCAGACAUCCUUAAAUUUUUCACUC